UGCACUCCACAACUUCUAUUUCUAGUGAAGUUGUCGAUACUUGGGAGUUGGGGAGUUGGGGACACUGAAGCCGUCGUUUGCUUUCCGUAGUUGUUAUCUUGUCUCUUGCUAUGUAUCUUUCGGUUCGAUUCAAACUAGCGUAAUCUCUUGCUUUUCGUUGUAUUACGAACAAAUUUCAUUAUCGGAAUAUGAUCAGGAUCAGUCUCUAGUUGAUUAUCACAUUAAAUCGUCAAAACUCGCGUUUUCAAUCGCCAAUCUGCUCAAGGGUUUCAACUUUCAACCGGAAUUAAUGGCUGCAAAGCUUCUUGCAAAUCGAGCUUCAACUUCCUUUGACUUUGAGAUCGUUGACAAUGAUUACGAUCAACUUACAACCAAUGACACAUCUAACAACAAUCCAUGGAUAAAUCCUGCAUCUAUAAAACUCAGACAUAGACUUGGAAGAGGCCCAUUUGGUGAUGUCUGGUUAGCAACACGUCAUCAAGUUACUGAAGAUUAUGAAGAGUAUCAUGAAGUAGCUGUUAAGAUGCUACAUCACAUCAAAGAAGAUAACAUCAAAGUCGUAUUAGAUAAACUCAGUGUUUUACUUUCCAAAUCUCAAGGAUUACAAGGUGCAUCCUGCCUUCAUCUUCAUGGUGUUUCAGUCAUAACUGGGAAGAUAUGCAUUAUUAUGAAAUUCUAUGAGGGAUCAAUUGGUGACAAAAUGGCUACUCUAAAAGGGGGAAAGUGUUGUUUGGGUGAUGUCUUGAGGUAUGGGAUUGAUCUAGCUCAUGGAAUUAUGGAACUGCAUUCAAAAGAGAUAUUAAUCCUUAAUCUUAAACCUAAUAAUAUCCUCCUAAACGAAGAACAAAAAGCAAUUUUGGGUGAUUUGGGAAUCCCUUAUGUUCUACUAGGUGUUCCACUUCCAUUGACUAGUUCUGAUAUGACUAGAAGAAUUGGCACACCAAACUACAUGGCCCCUGAACAAUGGCAACCUGACAUAAGAGGCCCCUUAUCUUUUGAGACUGAUUCAUGGGGUUUUGGUUGCAUCAUUGUUGAAAUGUUGACAGGUGUAAAACCUUGGUGUGGUAAGUCAAUCGAUGAAAUAUAUAACUCAGUUGUGAAAAGACAAGAAAAACCUCACAUUCCAGAUGGCCUUCUUCCUCCUGCUGUUGAGAAUGUAAUUCUUGGUUGCUUUGAGUAUGACUUCAGAAGUCGACCUUUAAUGGCAGAUAUAUUAAUGGUCUUUCAAAGUUCAAAGAAUGCGAUUUUUGAUGAUGGAAAGUGGAAAAAUAUCAGUGGGCCUGGGCCCACAUCCAUUUUAGAAAAAUCAAAUUUAAACGGGUACACAAAAUGGUUCUUAUCAAAAUCCAAUUUAGAAGUAGGCGACACAGUUCGAUCAAGAAAACCCUUAAACUCAUGCAAACAUGAAAACAUGGUGGUCCCCGUAGGAACAAUCGUGGGUCUAGACACAGACAACCAAAACCAAAAUGGAUAUGUUCUAGUCCGGGUACACGGUAUCCACGACCCGGUGAGGGUCCACGGGUCAACACUGGAGCGGGUGACAUACGGGUUAUCACCCGGCGACUGGAUCCGUUUCAAGGAAGAAAACAAGAAACGGAACUCGAAUGUCGGUAUUGUUCAUACGGUUGACCGGGAUGGAAGUUUGACCGUUGGUGUAAUUGGGAUUGAAACGUUAUGGAAAUGUGUUUAUUCGGAUGUACAGAUGGCAGAAAAUUACUGUGUUGGAGAGUUUGUGAGGGUGAAACGUAAUGUUUUUAGUCCGAGAUUUGAAUGGGUUAGAAAAAGAGGAGGGGAGUGGGGGACCGGGAGGGUAUUUUUGGUAUUACCGAAUGGUUGUCUUGUGGUUAAAUUUCCCGGGAGGUUAAAUUUCAGUGGUGAAAAUGAUGUUUUUAUGGCGGAUCCGGGUGAGGUGGAGUUGGUGAGUUUUGGGAAUAAUAUGGUGAAAAAGUAUUGGCAUCUUGAGGAUUUUCAUUGGGGUGUUAGACCCUUUUUGGUUAGUUUAGGGGUUUUUACUGUGGUUAAAUUGGGGGUUUGUGUUGGAGGUAAAAUGAGGGUGAAGAAAAAUGAAAAGUCUCAAAGUGAAAGGGAGAUUGGUAAUGCGAAAUGGCUUCCUACAAAUAUGGCGAAUAUUAUAUUUAGAGAAGGGGUUAAUAUUACUAAUACUACAAGGUAAAUUAACAUGUAUAAUGUGUUGAUUAAUCCUAUUGUAAAUAGUUAACUGCUUGGUUGUAGAUAUACUUUAACUCUUUAAUUUUCAAUGGUUGAUGUAUGAAGUUGUGAUGAUUAUGUAA